GCGCUGUGUAGCCAGUCCGGCAGCGAAGGACACCGGGAGAGGAUCUGCGUCUCAGCGGGGGGGAGGACACCAGGAACACGGGAUUAACCGGCCGGAAAGUGCUUCCUCCUCCGCGUGCGUGUCCCCGUUUGACUGGAUCAGCGGGACAGAAGAAGGAGGAGGAGCUGGAGGAGAAGGAGGUUUUGGAGGUCCUUCUUGCCGGAGGAGGCACACGGCCGACGGUGUCGCUGCGACGGCGCGCCGCCCGCCGGGCGGAGCGUGCACGAGUGGACGCGUGUCAGGUGUCCUCCUCUCUCAGAUCUUGUCAGAUUCUCCUCAAAGUGGCGUGCAUCGUUUCCCAGAAUGCUACAGGUGUGAGCAGCACGCCAGGUGACCCCACUGACCACCUCCCCCCGUCCUCCCUCCCACCCUGCCGACCCUCGAGCAAUCUGCAGUCAAUCAUCUUCCUCGGCGGUGCCAUGGCAACCGCCUCCGUUCAAAGACUCAGCGGCCCUCAGCUGCUGCACUGAGGGACCCUAAAGGGCGACAGGAGAGGAGCGCAAAGCAUUCUGGGUGUUUUUAAUGGACUUGGUUUUUGAGCCACAGAAGAGCGGAGGAGUUUGUUUGACUUUGACCACCAAGGAUACAAAGCAGGAACCAACAGGAACCCACAGGAACCCACAGGAACCCGCGGGACCUCCUAGAACUUCACUUCCUCCGAACGUCCAGUCUGACAAGCCCACAGCCUCCACGUCGUCCGUGUCGAGGCCGAGAUAAAGGAGGAAAAGGGGCCCAUGAAUGAAGAGAGGGACAGCAAGGUCCAAUGUUCUAAGCUCAUCUGCUGCACCUCCGUCCUCCCUCCAACCAUCUCAGCCCCCGGGGACAUUAAAGCUGCCUCCGUCUUCAGAGGGAAUCUUUCGAUAUCGGCUCCCGCUGUGGUCAUCUUCAUUCUGGGGCGCUGCAGGCAGCCAGCAGACCGUUCUCCAUGAGGAGCAGUGGAAGAUGCCGGCUCUGCCAGCACUGCUGCUGUGGAUUCACGUGGCCGUCCCGCUGCUGACCGUGGCCCCGCCCUCCCUGGGCCAGACCAGCGUCCUCUCCGCCGUCCGCAUGGCGGCCAUUCUAGACGACCAGUCAGCCUGCGGCCGUGGCGAGCGACUGGCGCUGGGUCUGGCGAGGGAGAACAUCAACAGCCUGAUGGAGGGCUCCUCCCGGGCGAGGGUGGAGGUGGACGUCUACGAGCUGCUGAAGGACUCCCACUACGACACCACUGAUACCAUGUGUCAGAUCCUCCCGAAGGGUAUCGUCUCUGUGAUUGGCCCCGCCUCCAGCCCCGCCUCCGGCUCCACCAUCAGUCACAUCUGUGGGGAAAAAGAGAUCCCUCACGUGAAGAUCGGCCCGGAGGAAACGCCGAAGCUGCCGUACCUUCGCUUCGCAUCGGUGACCCUUUACCCGAGCAACGAGGACCUGAGCCUGGCCGUCGGCUCCAUCCUGCGCUCCUUCGGCUUCCCCACGGCCAGCCUGCUGUGCGCCAAGGCAGAGUGUCUCCUGCGACUGGAGGAGCUGGUCCACCGCUUCCUCAUCUCCAGGGACACGCUGUCGGUGCGGAUGCUGGACGACAGCCUGGACCCCACCCCCCUGCUGAAGGAGAUCCGCGACGACAAAGUGGCCACCAUCAUCAUCGACGCCAACGCCUCCAUCUCCUACCACAUCCUCAGGAAGGCCAACGAGCUGGGGAUGAUGUCGGCCUUCUACAAGUACAUCCUCACCACCAUGGACUUCCCUCUGCUGCGGCUGGAGGACGUGGUGGGCGACCAGUCCAACAUCCUGGGCUUCUCCAUGCUGAACGUCAGCCAUCCCUUCUACCUGGAGUUCAUCCGCAGCCUCAACCUGUCGUGGAAGGAGGGCUGCAACGUCAGUCCGUACCCAGGAGCGGCGGUAGGACACGCCCCUUCACAUCUGUCUUCGGCCCUGAUGUUCGACGCGGUCCACGUGGUGGUGAGCGCCGUGCGGGAGCUGAACCGCAGUCAGGAGAUCGGAGUGAAGCCGCUGAGCUGCUCGUCACCGCUCAUCUGGCAGCACGGAACCAGCCUCAUGAACUACCUCCGUAUGGUGGAGUACGACGGUAUGACGGGUCACAUCGAGUUCAACAGCAAAGGCCAGAGGACCAAUUACACCCUGAAGAUCCUGGAGAAGCACCCAGGGGGCCAUAAAGAGAUUGGUACCUGGUACUCCAACAACACGUUGGUCAUGAACGCCACCUCCCUGGACCUCAACGCGUCAGAGACGCUGGCCAACAAGACGCUGGUCGUCACCACCAUCCUGGAAAGCCCGUACGUGAUGCGUAAGCUCAACUACCAGCAGCUGGGCGGUAACGAGCGCUACGAGGGCUUCUGCGUGGACAUGCUGAGGGAGCUGUCCCACAUCCUCAGGUUCUCCUUCACCAUCAAGCUGGUGGACGACAGGGUGUACGGAGCCCCCGAACCCAACGGCAGCUGGACCGGGAUGGUGGGCGAGCUGAUCAACCGGAAGGCCGACCUGGCGGUCGCCGGCUUCACCAUCACCUCGGAGAGAGAGAAGGUCAUAGACUUCUCCAAACCCUUCAUGACUCUGGGGAUCAGCAUUCUGUACCGGGUCAACCCGAGCCGUAAGCCCGGCUACUUCUCCUUCCUGGAUCCCUUCUCUCCGGCCGUGUGGCUCUUCAUGCUGCUGGCCUACCUGGCUGUCAGCUGCGUGCUCUUCCUCGCCGCCAGGCUCAGCCCCUACGAGUGGUACAACCCUCACCCGUGCAUGCGGGACCCCCGGGACGUCCUGGAGAACCAGUACACCCUGGGGAACAGCCUGUGGUUCCCCGUGGGGGGCUUCAUGCAACAGGGCUCGGAAAUCAUGCCGCGAGCUCUCUCCACCCGCUGCGUCAGCGGCGUCUGGUGGGCCUUCACCCUCAUCAUCAUCUCCUCCUACACGGCCAACCUGGCGGCCUUUCUCACCGUGCAGAGGAUGGAGGCCCCCAUCGAGUCUCCGGACGAUCUGGCUGACCAGACAAACAUCCAGUACGGCACCAUCCACGGGGGGUCCACCAUGACCUUCUUCAUGAACUCGCGGUACCAGACGUACCAGCGGAUGUGGAACUACAUGUACUCCAAGCAGCCCAGCGUGUUCGUGAAGAGCACGGAGGAGGGCAUCGCCCGCGUCCUCAACUCCAGGUACGCCUUCCUGAUGGAGAGCACCAUGAACGAGUACUACCGCAGCCUCAACUGCAACCUCACGCAGAUCGGAGGGCUGCUGGACACCAAGGGAUACGGCAUCGGCAUGCCCCUGGGUUCUCCCUACAGAGACGAGAUCACUCUGGGGAUCCUACAGCUGCAGGAGAGCAACCGGCUGGAGAUACUGAAGAGACGCUGGUGGGAGGGGGGGCAGUGUCUCAAAGAGGAAGACCACCGGGCCAAAGGGCUCGGCAUGGAGAACAUCGGGGGGAUCUUCGUGGUCCUGAUCUGCGGCCUCAUCAUCGCCGUCUUUGUGGCCGUCAUGGAGUUCCUGUGGUCGACGCGCCGCAGCGCUGAGACGGACGAGGUCUCCGUUUGUCAUGAGAUGCUGACGGAGUUCAGAAACGCCGUCUCCUGUAAGAAGAGUUCUCGCUCCCGGCGCCGCCGACCUUUGAGCAGUGCCCGGGGCGGAGUCCUGCGUCACCCGUCGCGCCUGGCGCUGGCCACGCCGCGGCCCAUCCGCCUGGUGCGCGAGAUGCGCCUCAGCAACGGGAAACUCUACAGCGGCGUGGGCUCCAUGACGGGCGGGCCGGGCACGGGAGGGCUCCCUGGUUUGGGGCCGGGGCCACUGAGGUUGCUGGAGGACUCGCUGGGAGGCCACACCGCCGCCGGCGCACCUCCUCCGGCGUCGGCCCUGGUGGCCCCGCCCCCCCCGCUGCGUGGCUUCCUGCAGGGCUGCAGCCACGUGCGAAUCUGCCAGGAGUGCCGGCGGAUCCAGAGCUCGAGGCCGGCCGCGCUCACACCUCCUCUGCCCUCCUCCUUCCUCCUCGUCCUCCUCCAAGUCCUCCUGCUACCGGGUGCCUCCCCCCGGGGGUCACCCACCUCCGACACAACCCCCCAUCACCACAACCACUACCACCACGGCUCCAUGUCGCUGCCUCGCCUCCCGCCGCCGCCUCCACCAAUGCCGGCGAACAAAGCUGACAGCGACGGGGGCGGGGGGGCGCCAAGUCCGCGGCAGAGCAACAGCAGACCACAGCCGCCCCCACCGCGGCCACAGCCGCCCCCGAGGACGCCAACGCGCCCGCCGACGGACUUACUGGUGGGUCACAACUGACGCAAAAGAAGGCUGUGUGGGCGGUCAACAGCGGGGGGCAAAGGUCAAGGUUUUAAAACCACGUUUUCGGCCCCAAUGACACAUAUGGUCCAAAACUGGGAGGCCGCUGGGGGAAACCAUUUUGACCCAUUUGAGGGGUCGUCCCUAGAAACAAGGCCACAUUGGUUCGAUGGAUCAAACCACUAAACGGACGGACUAAACCAAUCUGAUGGCGGGAAACAUGAAUGGAUCGUAUUAAACGGUACGCGAGGUGGAUGAAUGCAACGUUCCGUUAAACAGGUACUUGGUCACUUGAGUCGGGCUGCAGACGGACAAACAAAACGUGCAGAUAAAUCGUCCCGGGGGCUCAUCUGUCGCCCCCCCGCUCAGUCCUCCACCUCGGCGAGGAGGACUUUCCCUUGACGUUUGAGUACUGAACCAGAUGUUGAGACCUGCUGUGCACACGGUCACGCGCGGCAGCAGAGCAGCUGUGCAGUCAUCUGUCGAUCCUCUGAGCGGCUCCGAAAGGUCGCGGCUCUCCAUGACCCCGGGUCGUUCAUUCACAUGUCUAUUGAACUGUCUGCUCCACGAGGUCGACGCGUCAAUCACCUGAAGUGUACCGAGCCGCGCUGGGCCGCGUGGCGUCUCUUUCACCAGGAGACAGGAGACAUCAUACGUCCUGGUAACAGUCGGCCAAUCGGAAACUAGCAUCAGUGAAUACGCAGUGGAACAUUUCCGCUACCAUUUUUUAAAGAGUCUUUAAAAAAAAGAAUGUUUUAAAGAAUGACAAGUUGAGAUGGAUCUAAAUAUCAUAUACAUGAAUUUAAUAGAGAGAGAGAGACCAGACUCGGUUAGCCUAGCUUAGCACAAACAUUUGGCCUCACUUAAAACUGCCACAGAAACAAAAUUGCAGCCGAGCGGACAUUGUCAUAAACUGACUUAAAUCAAGUUACGCACUUAAUGAGUUCAAUGUAACAACCUGAUAGUCACUUUUCACAGCGUAGCAAAGCUCACUUUCUGCAACCUGUGUAGCAUCAUGUGUCCUUAUGGUUGAAAUGCUUUGGAUAAAAGCGUCAGCUAAAUGACAUGUAAUGUGAUGACAGCAUGGGGCAAUUAGCAUUCUAGCUAGGUAGCAAUGGACGGCUGGAUAGUAAUUUGGCUAACUUGUUUGGUCCAACAGGCUUUGAUGCUAGCUAACAGGUGUGCUACCAGUGUACUUUGCCGCUCCCCCAAUUCCGCCGAGCCUUUUCAGCUCAUCCUCCGUUACCAGUUUAGCAUUAAAGCAUGGUGGAGGUGGCAACCUAGCCACCUAACAGCUAACCAUCUAGCUAGCUGCUAAUUACACCAUGCUGUAAUGCUACACUGGAUUUAACCGCCCGCUUGGGCAGACAAGUGGAUCCAGAACUCCUCUUUUGUACUGAUUUCCAGAGAGGUACGAUGUGUUAAUCAGUGAGCUUGUUACUGGGUGUAUUUAAGAACCGCGGACAUUUUUCCCCCCCGCUUCCCGUACUUAUGCUAAGCUAGGCUAACCACGCCCUCAGAAAGAGAAAAACUGAACUGCUCUUCUGUUGUUUGAACUAAUUAAAGUUACAUCAUCAGAAUAGAUUAAACAAUCCAGUCAAAUAUCACGUCCAGCUGCAGAGUUUUUUCCUCCAAUUUCAAAAUCUGUCCAAAUGGGGCAACAAGAUCGGAUUUGGGAAAACGGACACCGAUGACGGUGAGGGACUCAUUUUAUCACAACGCAGUCAGCAUUUGUUGAAGGGAGAUGUCAUUCUGGUAUAUUAUAUUAUUAUUUCUCCUUUGAUAUGCAAAUUCAUGUAUGUUGUGACAAUUUCCAGAUAAAGUGGAGUGCAACAUUUUGAUUAUUUUAGUUUGUGUUUUAGUGGUGAAACCAGUUGUAGCAUUUCAAUACAAUGUGUUAUUUGGGGUUUUGAGGGUGUUAACAAAAGGUUUUCACCUCUUUUCACAAAUCUAAUAUUUUUAAACUGUCCCUAAAAAGAGAGGAGCUUCCUCAGUACAACUGUCCUUCGGUGAGUAAUAGAGCUGACACACACACACACACACACACACACACACACACACACACACAUUCCCAGGGAGAAAAACUACAACUGAGAUUGUAAUAUCACUUUCUUUAUCGGACUAUCCUUCCCUCUCUACUCCCUUUUUGGAGGUAACUCCUUAAAAUUGAUGUCAUGUUGAUUCGAGGCCGGGAUGUAAGAGGUCGGGGGUCACCCGGAUUCACAUAUCGGCCAAUCACAUCGACCGAAAAAAGGGGAUUUUUUAAAUAUUUAAUUUAUGGAAGUUUUAUUUCAGAUCAGUGCCUGUAGUUUUUGUUUAUUUUAAUAUUUUUGUAAACAAUAAAAUUGCGUAUAAAAUGUUUAGAAAAUGAAACAAAGAAAUGGUUUAUGAAUAAGGAAAAAAACAGGAAUGUGUGUGUGUGCGUGUGUGUGUGCGUCCGUGCCGCCCGAGUCCCGAUGUCAUCACGUUGACUUGUUUCCUUUUUUCUGCCCUUCAGCAGGACAGACGGCCGAUACGCGCUGAUGAUUCUCUUGUCAUCAUUAGUAUUGAUAUUGGCGUGUGCGUGACUGUAGGGUUCCAGCCCUCUGAUGUUCAAUAUGUAGACACACAUUUGGAAUAAAAAAAAAACAGUCUAUGUACCAAAAGA